CAACACCCGCCUGUGAGUGAGAACAUGCGGUGUUUGAUCUUUAAACCCCACAACUCUUUUUUAAAGGCUCGUUUUGCAAAACCAGUAUAUCCAGGACAAACUCUACAAACUGAGAUGUGGAAGGAAGGAAACAGAAUUCAUUUUCAAACCAAGGUCCAAGGAACUGGAGAUGUUGUCCUUUCAAAUGCUUAUGUGGAUCUUGCACCAACAUCUGAUAUUUCAGCUAAGACACUCUCUGAAGGUGGGGAGCUUCAGAGUACCCUUGUGUUUGAGGAAAUAGGACGCCACCUAAAGAAUAUUGGGCAUGAGGUGGUGAAGAAAGUAAAUGCUGUAUUUGAGUGGCAUAUAACUAAAGGCGGAAGCAUUGGAGCUAAGUGGACUAUUGACUUGAAAAGUGGCUCUGGAAAAGUGUACCAAGGCCCUGCAAAAGGUGCUGCUGAUACAACAAUCAUACUUUCAGAUGAAGAUUUCAUGGAGGUGGUUCUGGGCAGGCUUGACCCUCAGAAGUAUUCCACAGUGCCCUGAGAGUUUGCUGUGAUGUCAGGUGCAUGGCAGAGAAGAGUUGGGAAACUGGCAUUCUUUAGUGGC